CCCGAGGCCGUUGGGUGGUCGGUGCCCUGUUGUGGGAUUUUCGACAAGACAACAAGCAGCCUCGGCCUACUUGAACCCCAUAAUUUCGCCCCCCGAAAAGCACCAGAUUUGUAUUAUAUAGAGCCUAAACCAGAUAAGGAGCAUUUGAUUCAGGCAUUCUGUUCAGUGGCGUAGGUGCAGUACAACCCCGGUUUCAUAUCAAGUCUGCAGUCAUCGUUUGAGCAUCAUAGAUUUUCUUGUUUCUUACUCAUUACCUUGCAUUGUGUGGAUUUUCUGUCUUUUUUUCACUUGGUUUGUUUUACGGCUUCUUCGUCACUUUGGUCUCAUUUUCUCCCAAUUUAUUCCUCUGAAAAUCUUUUGGCACCGAGAGCAGAACAACUACAUAACCUACUGCACAAGUCACAAAACACGCCGGCGCCCUUUUCAAAGGUCACCCAUUUCGAGAAGUUAGUUGCUCGUAACCAUUUCAACUUACAGUGACUGCACGCAAGACAACAAAUUUCAGGCUGCCAUCCAGCAUGUCCAGUUAUCUGGGUCGUCUCAACCCAAUCCCGGGCUUUCCUGGAUAUUCGGGACCACACAAGGUCGGGACGGUGGACGUCGAGAUACCCAUCUCAGAGCUUCCAUCACCAUGCCCAGUACCAGAUGGUGCGCAGGAUAUCCACACUAUCCUAUUUCGCAUCUUCUAUCCUACGAGCUCAGAAGCCAAAGGCAAGGAAAUCACAUGGCUACCCAACCCCCAGCGGCAAUACCUGAUGGGAUAUGGGUUCUUUAUGGGCGCAUCCCCUCUUCUCUCGAGUCUGGCUUCUUUUGUUCCCAGAUAUCUCCACUAUGUCACAAUCCCGGCCAUCAAGAAUGCACCUCUGAUCAGUCCUGCAGCCAAGGAUGGCCGCUGGCCUACCAUGAUCUUUUCUCACGGUCUGGCAGGGAGCAGAAACUCUUACUCACAACUGGCCGGCUCACUUGCCAGCCAUGGCGUCGUGGUGAUAUGCCCGGAGUACCGUGACGGUAGUGCCAUUGCUACAGUUGUCAGAGACCCCGUGGCUCUCUCGGAAUACCAGGGAGGACUGUUUGCUCAGAGGCCGCGGUCUGCUGGGGUUGUGUAUAGAAACUUGCCUCACACGCCAUCAAGAGAGAUAUCGGAAGCUCGCGACGCCCAGCUCCGUGUCAGAGCUUGGGAGACUGGCUUAUUGUACGAGGCGCUGGUCAAGAUCGACGAGGGCAAAGCAGAGUCCAUGACCAAUCUGAACACCAGCACGCCUGCAGAGGCUUUGUCCCGCUUCACAAACAGAUUAGAUGUCCAGGAGCCGGGCAAAGUCAUUUGGGCUGGCCACAGCUUUGGCGCUGCAACGAUAACACAGGUUGUCAAGUCGACGUACUAUGCAGACCGUCCCCAGGUGAAGAGCAUAGCCAACCCGAUAUUCGCAGUCAAAGAAUCGGCCAAGAUCCGCCAGCAAAUAACAAACCAGUCCGUCGCCAUUCUGCUGGAUAUGUGGUGUCUGCCCAUGAUCUCCCCAGACCAAACGGCACUGUACAAACUACCCCUACCCUGCUACGACGUCAACGCCUCAAACUCCCCAGGGGGCAAUGCACUGCUGGCCGUGGAGUCUGAUGCUUUCUUCAAAUGGACCGAGCACCUCCACACCAAGGCCAUGAUUCUCUCCCCGUCCCCAACGGCUGUGCCUCCCGUAUCCGCCUCUGCAUUCGACGAGCCGGGAUUCUCCAGGCCGAGCUGGUUUUACGUCAAGGAUAGCGCGCACAUGAGCCAGUCAGACUUUGCGGCCCUCUUUCCCUGGCUCGUGAGGCGCGUCUUUAAUGGACACGCACCCGAGCGUGUCGUGCGACUUAAUCUGCGCGCCGUGCUGCAGACCCUCCGGCGGAACGGGCAUUCAGUCGCGCCCACCUGUGCCGCUGAUCUUGCUGACGGGGACGAGCCUACCGUCGCCAAGGCUGCAGCAGCGGGUGGGCUGGAAGAUGAUCCGGCAAUCCUGGAUAGCAAAGUUGCCGACUUGAAGGCGAUCGAUGCUUGGACUCAUAUUGAUGUGGUCGGGCUUGGCCUGAAGAGUGCGGCCGCUGCGACUCAGACCACCAAUGUGGAUGAGAAGUAGAAGCGCAACUUCAACUUUGGUAUGAUAUUUUCUUGGCAUUUUCCUCUUCUUUUCUACAGUUUUGUCGCAGCAUUCUGUUUUCCUCUUGUAUAGCAUGGUUUAAAUGAUAGACACGGAGCAUGGCGUUGGUUAUAUUAAUAUACAUAGAACUAGAGAAACUUUGGCUUUGGCAACUGAAAUCUCUCUUUGGUGCUUUUCUAGCUCUUAAUGGGGACUUUUGCGGUUGUUAUUGUUGUUUUUAUCGUCAGGGUGAUGUUUGUCAGACUUUGUAAGUAGGGGAUGAGACGGUUGCUUCCGCCGUCUCUUGAGGCCCCUGACUCCCCCUUUUCUCACCGACAGCCUCACUUCUCCCGCACAGCAGAAUCAUUUUGGGUCAAUGCAAGGAAUUUCUUAUUAUAUUGUCUACACGCUUGCCAUACACUCUCAUACGUCAAGCUUACGGCCCUCAACCUCCAAAACAGUCUUAAGAUGAUCAAAGCCCAGCUUCUCGCCUUGGUGAA